UGGCGGCAGAAUCUCCCGCUUUCCGAUUGGGUGUCGAUCAAGAUCAUCGUAUUUUUUCUCCACUCUCUGUUCGUUGGACGGCUGGUGAAGAAGAGAGGCGAGAGCGAUGGAGGCUGCCGGCGGAGGUACGUCGGGGAAGCUGAAGAAGGGAGCGGGAGGAAGGAGAGGCGGUGGAGCUGGGCCGAAGAAGAAGCCGGUAUCGAGGUCGGUGAAGGCCGGAUUGCAGUUCCCGGUCGGUAGGAUCGGCAGGUACCUCAAGAAGGGCAGGUACGCGCAGCGCGUCGGGACUGGUGCUCCCGUCUACCUCGCUGCCGUCCUCGAGUAUCUUGCCGCUGAGGUUCUGGAGCUCGCGGGAAAUGCUGCGAGAGAUAACAAGAAGAAUCGUAUCAUCCCAAGGCACGUGCUCCUGGCCGUGAGGAACGAUGAAGAGUUGGGAAAGCUUCUGUCGGGCGUCACCAUCGCCCAUGGCGGUGUGCUUCCUAACAUCAACCCCGUUUUGUUACCCAAGAAGAAGGAGAAGGAAUCCAUGGAGCCCAAGUCGCCCAAGGCGUCUAAGUCUCCGAAGAAGGCCUGAUCUGCUUUCUUCUCUAACAUAUCGUGUUGGUUCUACUUUUUGUAGAAACUCCUCUGUAAACAGACUUGAACAUUUUGACUACUGGUUGUGCAUUAAAGAACGUCCUUCUAAUGCAAUGAUUUUCUAACUA